AAUCCCACUUUCAUUUCCACCGUAAAAUCGAAAAAAAGAACCCCUAUCAUUAUCUUCCAUAUACCUACAGCUCUCUCAAAUUAUUAUUCACAACAUGUCAUUUUUCGGCGACUUACGUCAUACUCUGGCCAAAACCAAGCCUCCUUUAACCACAAUCUCCGCCGCAUCUAUGAUCGGAGAUGAUCCUAGGGCUCCACUUCUCAACCUCUCCGCCGUCCAAGCCCGAAUGGAUACCCUCCAGAAAUUCCUCUCAGAUUCGGUCAACUCCAAUACUUUACUUGGUCAACACCAAAUGAACAUGGUCUCCGACGAAAUCACCUCCGCCAUUCAUCAGAUUAUCGUUAACGGUGCCGCCCUUCUCUCCUCCACCCAAUCAACAAAUCAUCCGCCGCAGUUGCCGGAACUGAAAAUAAAUCCAAAAUCGAAUCACAAACGGACGUUUUCGGAAUUUGAUCGGAGAGGUUCUGAAGUGAAGGUUUUAGAGGAAGAAGACGGCGACGAUUUGGAGAUUAUUGAGCUGGACGCGGUAGAGCUACUGGCGGAGCACAUCCACUUCUGCGAUUUUUGCGGAAAAGGAUUCAAACGAGAUGCGAAUUUGCGGAUGCAUAUGAGAGCUCACGGGAAUCAGUACAAAACACCCGAAGCAUUAGCAAAACCCGAUAAAUGCAUUGAAUCGGGUUCGAAGAAUAGGAGGUUUUCGUGCCCGUUUGUUGGUUGUUGCCGGAACAAAUCGCACAGCAAGUUUCGGCCGUUAAAAUCGGCGAUUUGCGUGAAGAAUCACUUCAAGAGGAGUCAUUGUCCCAAGAUGUACUCGUGCACGCGCUGCAACAAGAAGAGUUUUUCGGUACUCGCGGAUUUGAAAAGCCAUUUGAAGCACUGUGGAGAGACGAAGUGGAAGUGUUCUUGUGGUACCAGUUUUUCUCGAAAGGACAAGUUGUUUGGUCACAUGGCGUUGUUCGAAGGCCACAUGCCGGCGAUUGAACCGGAGGAGGAAGCAAAACCCCCGGCGGCUGUUGAGGAUGACGUGGAAAUGGAUGUCAGUCGCGGGUCAGAUAACGGGUUUUUGGAUAUCAGAACCGGGUCGGAUAAUGGGUUUAUGGAUAGGUUAAUGCUUGAUGGGUUUGAAUCUAUUGACAGUUAUUGCUUCCAAGAUUUAUUGGGAUCUUCUUCUUCAAAUGGGUUAAAUACAGUUACAGAUACUAAUGAAUGGUUCUCUUAGCUUUUAGCUUAUGGAGGAUAAUUGAUAUGCUGCUAUAUGUAUUUGUUGUUUCGGAGUUUACAUAAUUUUUAUUCUUCGUUUUCAAUCUAAUAAAAGAUGACUGGUAUUUUAUUUUCUGUUUCAA